AUGAAUAUGGAACGUAAAGUGAAAUGUGAAGCCGCAGUGGAAUCUCUUAAGGUAUGUGAGCAGACUCAUUCAGUCAUAACGGAUGCUUUAUAUCACUGUCCUCCACCACCUAAACCUCCAUUUGUUAUUGGGAAAGUUCGGCGUGGGCCGGUUACGCCUCCAAAUCCUGAUAAGAGUCAUUUGUUGGCAAAUAAUGAUACAGUAAAUCAACUGAAUAUCAGUGGAAGCGAUUAUUCUGAAGCAAAUUCUGAUCGCAGUCUUCUAAGUAGCGUGACAAAUAUUUCAACUAAUCCAGUUUCGGCUGAGCGAAAAGUAAGACGUGGUCCACAUACUCCACCAUAUCCUCCGAAGUCACCCCAGUCUAGAUCACCGUCACCAGUAACCACUGAAAAGCCAGUAAUCAUAAAAUCAGUCCUGAAGCAAACAACAGCGAGAGAUCGAAGUCCAGUAAUUAUCUUACCUACAGUUAAUUUGUGUAAACCGAACUAUUCUGGUGGUACAAAUAUUAUGGGAUAUCACGGCAGUAAUGGUAUUUCACAAAUGCCUUAUUUCGGUUCUGUACCGGGUAUGCAUGUACAGCCAUUUCUAAUGGUGCAGCCGGCCUCAACAUCCACUACCCUGCCUCCAUAUAUGAAUACACAGAAGAGCAACCAUACAACUGGAAUUUUUCAAACUCCUACUUGGUCAGGAGAUUCUGGCUUUAGAGUUUGCCCUUCUUUCAGUUUUGGUUCAUCAGUUCCGAAUCAGAAGUUUCCUAGCGAACGCAUAUUCGGUCCUGAAAUACUUACCGUCCCUCCACCGCCACCACCUCCACCACCACCAAAUGAUGUGCGACUAGUAUCACAGUCGAGUUUUUGCGUGAAAGACAGUAACGCUUGUUCUGUUAAAGGCGAUUCGAAACCAGGGACACCCAUCAUCAAGCCAAGGGACAUACCAAUGGCUUUGGAUCCGAUACUGCUUGAUCUUGCUGACUUGUCCCCAAAACCACGAGUUUCUAAGUCAAUAAAGUCCGUACGCAUACAAAACGAAAGAAGGAAAAUAUUUUUGCGCAGAGACUCAGUUGUGAAAGAAGACCGCGGUGCCCCAGACACAGAAAAUUGUGGACAGAGAUCUACUUUCAAAUUAGUUGGAGCUGAAAAAAAGGAAAGUGAUAAAAAGGCGAAAGAGGAGGUCAAGAUGAUUGAAAUUUUAAAACCAUCCGAAAAGAUGAAGCGUGAAGAGUUGAUUGGUGUGGAAAAUAAGAAUCUGAAAGCUUCUAUUGGUGAUCCACAGGAAAUCAAACAGUCAACUAAUAACUUUCGUGAAUCGAUGAAAAGCGAUAGGAAAAUGAAUAAGGAUGCAUCGGGUAGUACACUUUCAAAUAGUAACAAUGAUUCGCUAAUAAAAGUUGUGGAUGAUGGAAAAAUAACGAAAGUAGAUAAAAAUAAGACGAAUAUUACUGUUACUAAAAUUGAUGAAAUCCAACAAACUGAGUUGGAUUUGGGAAUUAAACAAGUAGCUGAUAAUAAAAUACUUGCGGAACGAUUGGCUGUUGCCAAUUUGGAACACGACGAAAAACCACGUCGGGAAUAUGAAGAAAUUCAAAAGAUUGAGGAGAUGGUUGUGAAAAAGGUUGUCGUUGUUCCAGAGGAUGAUUUGAAUGGAAAUGAAUUGACGUCGUCUACUGAUUCAAAAAGAAACCCUGCUCCUUUGGAUAAUACUCAGUUCUUCGAAGUCUCUGUGACCUCAUCAAAUGACAAUCAUAAAGAUGGAGUUGUUGAGCUUGGACCACCAGCUUCUCCAGUAUUUGGAGUUUGUGAACGUGAAUAUUCUUCUCCAUCAACAAGUGGUUUUAUCGAUUCUACAACAGGCGGUUUAUUCAAGCAGGCAACAGUGACGGAUGUCACAGAUUGUUCAAAAACUCUACUGCAUAGCAAUAAAAGUGUAUCACGGCAUAAAAAAGCUUAUGGCCAGCUGCCAAGGAUUUCUGAGAAGUUUCGAAAGUAUAUUCAUGUUGUGACGCAUCCAAAUGGUGGCGCUUCGAUGCUUAAGGCAGAUUGGUCGAAAAUUAAGGACCAUUUCAGUGGUUCCGAGUUAGACGAGUUUACCUUGGAGUUUGUAACAUUCGGUUUGGCUGAAGUUGACAACACGCCCGUUUUUGUAAUCGCUGUUAUUGAAAACGCUGCUGAUUACCUUCAGAAUGGUUUGGAAUAUUUUGCAAAGAAAUUCCCCCAUAUGCCAGUAAAGAUUGGAUCACUCACCAGUAAGCAGUGUGUUAGCACCACAACUGUUUCGGAAUAUUAUAGUCAUGUUAUGGAAACUUGUCAUCAUGGGACUUUUAGAUAUGGUCCGUUGCAUUCGUUGAGUCUGGUGGGAACGAGACAAGAAGAGUGCGGCAAUUAUUUCAAAGAAUUGAUUGAAUGGUUAGAAAUGUUCCCAAUGCUUAAGCUUUUAAUGCCUUGGGGCGAAUGGUCUGGAGCAGAUCUCGAAAGUCCUUCUGAUAGUGAUGAUGGACCUAUUUUUUGGGUACGUCCAGGUGAACAGAUGAUAAGGACUGAUGAGAUGAAGGAAGAUUUGUCAUCGAGAACUCGAAAACGAAGCUCAUCAGUUCGACAACAUCUACCUUCCUACAGGUGCCGAGAGCCACGUGAAUUCUUUUUUGAAGAUCGGACACCGUGUCAUGCUGAUCAUGUAGGUGAUGGUUUGGAAAGGCGUACAACAGCUGCAGUUGGCGUGCUUCAGUCAAUCUAUGGACCAACGGAAAAGAAGAAGAAUAAAAUAGGAAGAAGGGCGGUAAAAGAUGUCGUUUGUUUUCAUGCAAGUGACUUCGAAAGAAUUGUUGAUGAGUUACAGUUGGAUCUUUAUGAACCUCCGAUGUCACAGUGUGCACAAUGGGUUGAAGAGGCAAAAUUGAAUCAGUUAAGAAGAGAAGGAGUUCGUUAUUCUCGUUUUUUGUUGCAUGAUAAUGAUGCUUACUUUCUACCUCGGAAAAUAAUCCAUCAGUUUCGAACUAUAAGUGCUUGCGCUUCAAUUGCUUGGCAUGUGCGUCUUAAGCAAUAUUACAAUGCGGAAGUGGAAGCAGGUGAAUAUGACAAGGUUUUGAAAGAAAAGGAUAUGGAAGAGAAUGAAAAUGGAAAUUCUCGGAAAAGGAAGAAAGAUGACAUGAGAAAGUCUGGGAAGUGGAAGGAGAAGGACCGUGCGAAAAUGGCGAAAUGUUCGGAUGAUUGUGGACCGAAAUCUUUCAAGUGUUGA